AUGUCGGGCGGCUUUAUCCGCGAAGCCGUUCUCUCGCACUGCCAGCCGCACGUGCCGGAAUUGUCGUCUUCUGAUGGCGCUGCCGCCCCGCUCCCGGCCGUCCCUUUUCUCCUCUCCUCCAACUCCGUCAUUCGCGGCAAAUGGCGCUACCAAGACCCUCCCGCCGCCGCCGCCGCCGCAGCAGCAGCAGCAGCUGACGGAAACGACACUUCAUUGUCGCCGGCUGGAGCAGACGGCUCGGCGUCAGGAUCAGCCGGCCAGCCGGCAGUCCGGCACAAGGUCCUGACGACGGACUCGGGCGCGUUCGAUUUCUGGACGGAGCACGUCGUGCCGACGGAAAACGGCACGUUGGACGUGGGCGCGCUCGUUUAUGUCACGUCGCAGACGGAAUGGGCGGAGAGCUACAUGGGGACGGUGGUGGUGCGCGCGGAGGGGUAUUUUUCGAUGCGCGCGGGGGUGCUGUGCAUGGUGGGGUGCCAGAGCCGGUUGGGGGGAGGCGCGGGGGGAGGGGAAGGGGAGGAGUCCGCGGAGGCGGAAGAUCCGUACGCGGAUCCGCGGAGGUGCAACAUGCUGCUUGUGCUGAAAUUCAAGGCGAAGAACGAGGCGGAGUGGAGGAAGAACGCCCAGGAGCAGGCAGUGGAGCGCCUGGAGCGAAUAGCCAUGGCCAAGUUCGGGGUGAACGGGGAGGGCAAGAGCAACGCCGCUGCUGCUGCCGCUGCUGCUGCUGCUGCUGCUGGUGCUGGUGGCAGCAGUGUGGGGGAAGAAGGGCAGGGAGAAGCAGGAGCAGCGGCAGCAGCGGCGGCAGGAGUAGGGGUGAUCGACCCGCACACUCUGAAGGAACGCACGGAUAUCACGAAGGCAGACCUGCUGGAUGAGUUGGGAUCCGAGGUGGAUGAUACUUCCAUUGUCGCCGACGUGCUUGUAAUGGAGGGCACUGUAACGAGUACAAUCCCGGUGGAGCAGGCAGGGGAGGGGAGCGAGUUCUUUGGGCCGCUCGCAGUGGCGGGGGAGACGGAAUCACUCACACAGCAAGCGGAGCUCUUCGAUUGGGACAUGGUGGUCUCGGCCGUGCUCUCUGCCUUCCAAGCGCUGGCAGUGUUUUCUCAGGUGCGUCAGAAGGCAGUCAAUGGGGGGGCAGUACCAGUUAACGGGGGAGACGGAGUUACUGUCUCAGCAGGCGGAGCCGCUCGAUUGGGACAUGGUGGUCUCUGCCAUGCUCUCUGCCUUCCAAGCGCUCGCAGUGGUUUCUCAGCGCGUGCUCUCGUUUACCCCUCCACUUACCCACUCCUCCUGUUCUCCUCCCACCUUCUUCUGCUGUUACUCCCCCCACCCCAGGUCUUACAUGUCCGUUCACACCCCCACGCGCACUUCACCUCCCUCACCAUGAUUGCCACUCAGAUUAUCGUCUUCGCCUCCUUCUGGCUGCGAGACCUCUACUACCCGCUCUCUUUCCUCUCCUCAGACGUCCUCUCCUACCUCCUCACGCAGCUCGCCACCCUCCCCCACGCCAUCGAGUUCCUCACCCUCCUCCUAUACGUCCUCCUCUUUGUCUCUGUCGAAAGGAAGCGGAAACGGGCUGCAGCAGCGUACGCAGCAGCAGCCAGCGGCCUCCCUGUCAGUCCCUCCUCCUCCGCUGCUAUUUACGCCUCCCGGCCGGCCUUCUCGCCCUCCUCCCCCUCCUCUGUCUCCUCCCGCUCCCCUUCCUCCUCCUCCUCCGCCUCAUUUUCCAUCUCCUCCGCUUCGUCUCAUCCCGGAAGAAACGCUGCUAAAAGCACUCCACCCAGAAUCACUGCUCCUCCGGGAGAAACCUUCGGAACCCACACCACCACCCAGCACCACGCACAACCCCACCAGCAGCAGCCGAUGCAGUUGCUACCUCCCCCGAGUGACGCCUACGUGGCGCUGACGAUCAUGGGCAUGGUGGGGGUGGGCGGCGGUAUUCUCUACGUGUGGGACGCUACAGACGUGCUGCUACAGCUCGCCCACUUCCUCUUCCUGCUGCCGCAAUCCAUCGCAUUCGCCAUCUGGCAACCCCCACUCGCUGCCUGCCGCGGAGUCUCCCUCAAGUUUGCUGUCGGCAACUGGGCCGCUCAGCUGUCCUCUUCCUCUGUCAUUCUCUAUACGCCAUGCGCCAUCUGGCAACCACUCCUCGCCGCCUGCCACGGUGUCUACCUCAAGUUUGCAGCCGCUCAGUCCAUCUGGCUUGUCUUUGACUGCUGGCGGCCCCGCCUCCUCGGAUACGACGCACUCUUCCCCUUCCCCCACGCCUACUUCUGGCCCUUCUUCAUCAUCAUGACGUGGCACCUAGCUGUCUUCCUCACACAGUGGAAGUUCGGACCUCUGUGUGUGACAAACACCUCGUUACACGGUUACGCGGCUGUCCCGUCGUCCAACGCGGAGGAAGAUGGGGUGGUAAAUGGAGUGGUGUAG